GCCGGGGUUAACAACGUUGGUCGUGGUUUGAUGUCUUUGACUUGCACUUGGCAACCGAGUCUCGUGGUUGCUAUGUGACGAUGCAUUUCCCAACCCCUUGUUCGUCGGUAAAGCUACCUCCCGAGUCGAAGGUACGGUAGCGGACUGCCAGCAAACAUCUGGUCCCCCAUUACCGCCUUGGCAUCUACUGAUGUUCAAGAUUACCAUGAAGAUCGCAACCCAGCUUGCUAGAUGUCCACUCUCUGGUGUUCCAGAGUCCAGACUCCAAGGGACUUGGAAGCUGUAUUCCCGCUGGAAAUGGGUGCUAUCGUGCCAUCAAUCUAGGCACCUUGCAACCUCCCUGCGUCUGGCGGCCCAGAUCUCUGGAUACUGGGUUGCAUCACUUCCUACGAGACUGGUACCCAAUUCCGACAAUCCCUUAGCUGGUUCAGAACAGUGCUGAAUCCAUAUGUGGUCCGGACUUGGUGUUCCUGAUGUCUGACAUCUGGCAGCGAAAGGUGCUCUAGUGAAAGGAUCGUCAUUGCUCUUUCCAGAUUCCGAGCCACGAUGUCGGUUAUCGUGGCCAGAUCUCCAAACAAGCUAAUGGAGGUUUGCGCCGCAUACUCGUUGCUGUUCCCCAUUGGGAGCCCAGAGCAUGAUCUCGUUGUCACAAUUCUUGAUCGACAGCCCCAAGAGCCUGGGUCGAUUGGGUCCGGAUGAGUGCCAGGCCGGAUGCCAGAUCUGGAAAUGACGAGUGUCGAUGAAUCAACAACACCAAGCCACGGCGGAUAGGAGGAAGGAGAAGCAGGAAUACCGGAGAACUUGGCCAAGUUUGAUGGACGAAGUCUUCAAACACAGCGUUGGGAUUGAGGUCCAAAAGUGUAUAUAAGACUCGUCUCUCGUCCACCUCAGAGCUUCUAUUCUUCUCAUCAUCAGCAUCAACAUCUUCACUUCACAACAUCUUCUCAACCUUCCAACUCACCUUCCAAACCACCUUCAAAACCAACUCCCAGCUUCUUUCAGCAAACCCCCAACCGCCAAAAUGCAGUUCACCAGCGUCUUCACCAUCCUCGCCAUUGCCAUGACCGCCGCUGCGGCCCCGGCUGAGGUUGUUCCCCGCGCCACCACCAUCGGCCCCAACACCUGCUCCAUCGACGACUACAAGCCUUACUGCUGCCAGUCUAUGUCCGGCCCCGCCGGCUCCCCUGGUCUCCUCAACCUCAUCCCCGUCGACCUCAGCGCCUCGCUCGGCUGCGUUGUCGGUGUCAUCGGCUCCCAAUGUGGUGCCAGCGUCAAGUGCUGCAAGGACGAUGUUACCAACACCGGCAACUCCUUCCUCAUCAUCAACGCUGCCAACUGCGUUGCCUAAGUGUUUACGCGGCAACAGCGCAAAGUCUAGGCAAUGCCUUGUUCUCAACGCUGCUGCCAGUCCAGCACCCCCCUUCUGCAGCAAGGAGCCCCCUUCUGCUGGACUGGCAGCACAACGAGCUGCUACUACAACACAAGCAUCAUGCCUGGACGCAACAGAAGCCGAUAAUCUUGGGGUUUGGUUUUGGGGGAUGAAGGUGAUGAGUUGAUGGAUUGGAUCGAUAUCUUACAAUGCGUGUCUCUUCCUGUUAAGAUCUGCUUUACUAUUUUCCUAUUUUCUUUUACACAUAGCUAUGUAUCACUAAGGCCUGGUGAUUAAUACACUCUCUUAACCCU